AUGCAAAACUACAUUUUUACAAAAAAUUCAGGUCAGCUACAAGCAUUGAUUCUGCGCCCAACAUUUAUUUAUGGUGAGGGCGAGAAGCAUCUGCUCGGAGCGGCGCUAAAGCUAUGUUCAAAUUACGGCGGAAUACCGUACUUGCAAGACGACAAUCGCGGACAUCAUCAAUAUAUUUAUGCCGGGAACAUGGCUGCAAUAAUGGAGCGAGGAAUGACUUGCUUGAGAGAAAAUCCAGCUCGCUAUAGCGGUGAAGUGGUCAUUUGCAUGGACUCUACACUCUGCAAGCGAUUUGUUGAUGUAGAAUAA